CAUCAAAUACCUUUCUCGCUUCUCCCACUCACUGCAACUCCAUAACCCUCUCUUCUUUCUCCCAGUUCCGAGCCAUGUUUUUGGCUCCCUUUCUCUCCCGCCUUUUACUCCUCUCUCUCUGCUUCAUUUCCCUCGCUUCCGCCGCUGCUCGGCUGCCGCCCGACGAAGUUGAGGCGUUGAGGGAGAUCGGAAAGACAUUGGGGAAGACGGACUGGAAUUUCGACGCCGAUCCAUGCGGCGGUGUUAGCAGCGGUUGGAUUUCGGAUUCUCCGCAGUUCGACCCUAAUUUUACUAAUAAUGUCACCUGCAACUGCACGUUCCUGAACAAUACCGUCUGUCACGUCACCAACAUUAGUCUGAAGGCGCAGAGUCUUCCAGGUACUCUGCCACCGCAAAUAGUGAGGCUGCCUUUCCUGCAGGAACUUGAUCUUACCCGCAACUAUCUCAGCGGCUCAAUCCCUCCAGAAUGGGGUUCCACCAAUCUCCUCAAAAUUUCGCUUCUUGCAAAUCGGUUGACGGGUCCAAUCCCAGAAGCGAUUGGAAACAUCAGCUCUCUUGCAGAGUUGGUCCUGGAAAUGAAUCAAUUCUCUGGAAGUUUACCCACAGAACUUGGAAAUUUGACCAGCUUAUCAAGAUUACUUCUUACCUCAAACAACUUUUCUGGGGAGCUCCCAUCCUCACUGGCAAGGAUAGCCUCAUUGACGGACUUUCGAAUUAGUGAUAACCACUUCACAGGGAAAAUACCUAAGUUUGUACAGAAUUGGACGGCUCUUACAAAAAUAGCAAUUCAGGCAAGCGGGUUGGGUGGGCCAAUUCCUUCUGAAAUUGGACUUUUGACAAAAUUAACUGAUGUGAGAAUCAGUGAUUUGAAUGGAGAUUCAUCACCCUUUCCACCCCUCAAUACAUUGACAAAAUUGAAAACCCUGAUAUUGAGGAGUUGCAACAUAACUGGGGUGCUACCGGACAAUCUUGAUGGGUUGUCACUGUUGAAAACCUUAGACUUCAGCUUCAACAAAAUUACUGGACCAAUACCUGACAGCUUUGAAGCUUUAAAAAAAGUGGAUAGCAUAUAUUUAACUGGAAACAUGCUAAAUGGAUCGGUGCCUGUUUGGAUGCUACAGCAAGGAGAGAGCAUUGAUCUCUCUUAUAACAAAUUUACUCCAAUCAAUAGUGAGAACACUGGUUGUCAAUCACGAAAUUUAAACCUGUUUGCGAGCUCUUCCCAGGACAACAGUUCCGGUGGAACAGUUUCAUGUAUACCGAGCACUUGUGAAAGAACUUCGUACUCUCUCCAUAUCAACUGUGGUGGGAAGGAAGAAUCAAUCAACGGAACAACCAAAUUUGAUGCAGACACAAACACUGGAAAAUCAUCACUGUUUUUCGCAGGUGCAGAAAAUUGGGGAUUUAGUAUUACUGGUAAUUUUAUGGAUGACGAUCGCACAACAGACGAUUUUAUUGCAUUAAAUUCAUCUGCUCUCACAAUGCCAAAUCCUGAAUUGUACGUGAGGGCACGUAUUUCACCAAUUUCUCUUACUUACUAUGCACAUUGCUUGGGUAGUGGAAACUACACAGUAAGCCUCCAUUUUGCUGAGAUAGUGUUUACUAAUGACAAAACGUUUCGAAGCCUGGGCAGACGAUUAUUUGAUGUCUACAUUCAGGGAAAGCUAGAGUUGAAGGAUUUUAAUAUUGCAGAUGCAGCAGGCGGUGUUGGCAAAGCUUUUAUAGCGAAAUUCCCUGUUUCUGUGACUAAUGGUACUAUAGAAAUCCGGCUAUAUUGGGCUGGGAAGGGGACAACUGCAGUCCCUCAGAGAGGAGUUUAUGGUCCUCUAAUUUCAGCCAUUUCUGUUGAUCCUGACUUCGAGCCACCAUCAGAAGAGUCGUCGCCACGAUCAAAAGGUGGAGGGAAUGGCAUAUCCGCCGGUGCAGUGGUUGGAAUUGUUGCUGGUAUGAUCGUAGUUUUCAUCUUGGUUCUUGGAAUCUUGAGAUGGAAAGGCUGCCUAAGAAAGAAAACCCCACGUGAACAAGUUAUGUUUUUGGGUCCAUCUCGCACCCUUCAUUUACUCGUCUCUCUCUGCUUCAUUAGCCACGCUUCCGGCGCCACUCGGCUGCCGGCCGACGAAGUGGAGGCGUUGAAGGAGAUCGGAAAGAGGUUGGGGAAGACGGACUGGCAUUUCAACGUCGAUCCAUGCGGCGGAGUUAGCAGCGGUUGGAUAUCGAAUCCGACGCCGUUCGACACUAAUUUUAAUAAUACCGUCAUCUGCGACUGCACCUUCCACAACAAUACUGUCUGCCACGUCACCAACAUUCUUCUCAAGGGGCAGAGCCUUCCUGGUACUCUGCCACCGCAAAUAGUGCGGCUGCCUUUCCUGCAGGAACUUGAUCUCACCCGCAAUUAUCUCAACGGCUCAAUUCCUGAAGAAUGGGGUUCCACCAAUCUUCUCAAAAUUUCCCUUCUUGGAAAUCGAUUGACGGGUUCAAUCCCAGCAGCGAUUGGAAACAUCAGCACUCUUGUAGACUUGGUCCUGGAAAUGAAUCAUUUCUCUGGAAGUUUACCCCCAGAACUUGGAAAUUUGCGUAGUUUAUCAAGAUUACUUCUUACCUCAAACAACUUUUCUGGGGAGCUCCCAUCUUCACUGGCAAGGAUAGCCUCAUUGACGGACUUUCGUGUUAGUGAUAAUCACUUCACAGGGUCAAUUCCUAAUUUUAUACAGAACUGGACGAAUCUUACAAAAAUAGUAAUUCAGGCAAGCGGGUUGAGUGGGCCAAUUCCUUCUGAAAUUGGACUUUUGACAAAAUUAACUGAUGUGAGAAUCAGUGAUUUGAAUGGAGAUUCAUCACCCUUUCCACCCCUUAAUACUUUGACAAAAUUGACAAACCUGAUAUUGAGGAGUUGCAAUAUAACUGGGGUACUACCAAACAAUCUUGAUGUGUUGACAGCGUUGAAAACCUUAGACUUCAGCUUCAACAAAAUUACUGGACCAAUACCUGCCAGCUUUGAAGCUUUUAAAAAAGUGGAUAGGAUAUAUUUAACUGGAAACUUGCUAAAUGGACCAGUGCCCACAUGGAUGCUACAGGAAGGGGAAAGCAUUGAUCUCUCUUAUAACAAAUUUACUCUGAGCAAUAGUGAGAACACUGGCUGUCAAUCACGAAAUUUAAACCUGUUUGCGAGCUCUUCCCAGGACAACAGUUCCGGUGGAACAGUUUCAUGUCUACCCAGCACUUGUAGAACUUCGUACUCUCUCCAUAUCAACUGUGGUGGGAAGGAAUUAAUUAACGGAACAACCACAUUUGUUGCAGACGCAGACACUGGCAAAUCAUCAUUGUUUGUCCAAGGUGUAGAAAAUUGGGGAUUUAGUAGCACUGGUAAUUUUAUGGACGACGCUCGCUCAACAGACGACUUUAUUGCAUUAAAUAUAUCCGCUCUCUCGAUGCCAAAUCCUGAAUUGUACGUGACGGCACGUAUUUCACCGAUUUCUCUUACUUACUAUGCAUAUUGCAUGGGUAGUGGAAACUACACAGUAGGCCUCCAUUUCGCUGAGAUAGCGUUUACUAAUGACACAUCUUAUAGAAGCCUUGGCAGACGCUUAUUUGAUGUCUAUGUUCAGGGAAAGCUGAAGUUGAAGGAUUUUAAUAUUGCAGAUGCUGCAGGUGGUAUUGGCAAACCUAUUGUAAAGAACUUCACCGUUCCUGUGACUAAUGGUACUAUAGAGAUUCGCCUAUUUUGGGCCGGGAAGGGGACAACUGCAAUCCCUGUGAGAGUGGUUUAUGGUCCUUUGAUUUCUGCCAUUUCGGUUGAUCCUGACUUUGAGCCACCAUCAGAAGGUGGGAAGGACAUAUCUGCCGGUGCUGUGGUUGGAAUUGUGGCUGGAAUUGUGGCUGCUGUGAUCUUUGUUAUCAUCUUUGUUCUUGGAGUCUUGUGGUGUGGAGGCUGCCUACGAAAGAAAAGCACACUUGAACAAGAGUUGAAGGGUCUAGAUCUAGGAACAAGUUCAUUUUCAUUAAGACAAAUCAGAGCUGCCACUAACAAUUUUGAUGCUGCCAAUAAGAUUGGAGAAGGUGGUUUUGGUCCUGUCUACAAGGGUGUUCUUCAAGAUGGCACUGUAAUCGCAGUGAAGCAACUUUCUUCCAAGUCGAAGCAAGGAAAUCGCGAAUUUGUGAACGAAAUAGGCAUGAUAUCUGCAUUGCAACACCCGCAUCUAGUGAAGCUUUACGGAUGUUGUGCCGAAGGAAAUCAACUUUUGCUAAUAUACGAGUAUCUCGAAAAUAAUAGCCUUGCUCGUGCCUUAUUCGGACCUGAAGAAUUUCAACUGAAACUGGAUUGGCCAACCAGGCACAAAAUUUGUGUUGGUAUAGCUAGAGGUUUAGCAUAUCUUCAUGAGGAGUCAAGACUAAAGAUUGUUCACCGAGACAUCAAAGCUACCAAUGUUCUGCUUGAUAAAAAUCUCAACCCCAAGAUUUCGGACUUCGGUUUGGCCAAGCUGGACGAAGAAGAAAAUACGCACAUUAGCACCCGGAUUGCGGGUACCUUUGGAUAUAUGGCACCGGAAUAUGCCAUGCGAGGCUACUUAACUGACAAGGCAGAUGUUUACAGCUUUGGCAUCGUAGCCUUGGAGAUACUGAGCGGUCGAAGUAACACAAUUUUCCGAACCAAGGAUGAUUACUUUUACCUUCUUGAUCAUGCUAAUACUUUAAAAGAGGGAGACCAUUUGUUAGAGCUUGUCGAUCCACGGUUAGGUUCGGAAUACAACCAGAGAGAGGCAAUGACGAUCAUCGAUAUUGCUUUCCGAUGUACGAACAACACUGCUGCAGUUAGACCUACCAUGUCAUCAGUGGUGAGCAUGCUGGAAGGGAAGGUUGCUGUGAAGGAGGUGGUUUCAGAUCCUAGUGUCUCGAAACAAGAAGUGAAUACGACGUGCGUUUAUUACCAGAAAGGGCAAACUACAGACGAGAGUCGGAUACAAAAUAUGUCGAUAGAUGGACCGUGGACUGGUUCUUCAACUACUGGCAGUGAUCUCUAUCCCAUGCUCAUGGAUUCUAAAUACUUAGAGGAUAGGAACUAGAGUUGGUCUUUGUCCCCUAUGGAUUUGCUUACAUGCAACUGUGUUAAGAGUUCAAAUGCUGUGAUGCAUGCUUAUCUGCAGUACAGAACCAAACAAACGACCGAUCAGUAUGUAAUAGUUCGAGGCUAUCGCUAAUAGAUAUUGUCCGCUAUAACUCGUUAUGUAUUGUCGUCAGCCUCACGAUUUUAAAAUGCGUCUACUAGAGAGAUUUGUACACCCUGGUAAGGGAUGUGGAAAGAUGUGAAAACCUCUUCCUAGUAGACACGUUUUAAAACCGUGAGGUUGACGGCGAUAUGUAACGGGUCCUACUAGCAGUGGGUAACAUACUAGUUUCAAAAUUCUAUUGUGUGAAUGUUAAACUAAUUUUUAUGAA